GAAACACCCUCCACUCACCAUCUCCAUAUCCUUAUAACUGGCUAUUGAAGAGAAGAACAUCAUGUAACCAAACUGAUGGAUGGGUAGAAGAUGGAUAGACUACCAUAGACUGGCUCUCUCCUGCCCCAGAACACUGUACCUGGGCAUGACCUUCAUCAGCACAAUGGAUCAGAAAAAAGAGCAACCUGCCAAGUCUUCCUAGCUCCUGGUUGUACAAAGUUCCUGAUCCCUCACAUAUCUCCAGUCAACAGUCCCAACUACACCUUCCCUCCUACUGAAAGAAGCAAGUCAACAAAGUCUAGCUCAAACCUGAAACGUUACCAAAAACCCUGUAAGAAACUCCCCCCUGAAAUUUUACAGCCAGCUCAGUGCACUGCGCAUCAGAUUCCAGAUCAGAGGGAAGUUAUGUUUGUGUAGCUAGUAGCAGAGAUUGCACGAAUAAAUAAACACGCAACUAUAUUCAAGAUUAUACACACCGCGCUAUACUGUGUGUAGAAGUAUAUACUCAGAAUGGAUGAUCGGUAUAGAAACAACGCAAAUCUGUAUCAAGGGGCUAAGGACAUAGCUAGAGAGGUGAACCAGGUGUCAGAUGACUACCGGUAUCAGGAUGGCAACUAUGCACCUUCAGAUGGCUAUUACCAUGAUGGGACCCAAGAAGAGGAUGCCCAGAGCGAUGCCACGGAAGGCCAUGAUGAGGAAGAUGAGGUCUACGAAGGAGAAUACCAGGGCAUCCCUCACCCAGAUGACAUUAAGGGCAAACAGAAGAAGAAAGCCCCUGCCAUAGCCGAUGAGUUUAGAGACAAGGCUGAGCUCAUAGCCGAGCGGAUGGAGGAUGAGGAACAGCUUGCCCACCAGUAUGAGAACAUCAUCGAGGAGUGUGGCCACGGGCGCUUCCAGUGGAUGCUCUUCUUUGUUUUAGGCUUGGCACUGAUGGCGGAUGGGGUGGAGGUGUUUGUGGUUGGCUUUGUUCUGCCCAGUGCUGAGAAGGAUAUGUGCUUGUCCAGCUCAAACAAAGGGAUGCUAGGGCUGAUAGUCUACCUGGGAAUGAUGGUGGGAGCUGUCAUUUGGGGUGGCCUGGCAGAUAAACUGGGAAGGAAGAAAUGCCUCAUCAUAUCACUCGCAAUCAACGCUGCCUUUGCAUUCCUCUCCUCCUUCGUCCAGGGAUAUGGAUUCUUCCUCUUCUGCCGCCUUAUCUCCGGCCUCGGCAUCGGGGGAUCCCUCCCCAUUGUCUUUGCUUAUUUCUCUGAAUUCCUAUCUCGUGAGAAGAGGGGGGAACACCUGAGCUGGCUCUGCAUGUUCUGGAUGAUCGGUGGCAUUUAUGCCUCUGCAAUGGCUUGGAGCAUCAUUCCACACUAUGGCUGGGGUUUCAGCAUGGGAACCAAGUACCACUUCCACAGCUGGAGGGUAUUUGUAAUCGUCUGUGUUCUGCCCUGUAUCUCUUCAUUGGUGGCACUUAAAUUCAUGCCGGAAAGUCCACGUUUUUUGCUAGAGAUAGGUAAACAUGAUGAAGCCUGGAUGAUUCUCAAGCAAGUUCAUGAUACCAACAUGCGGGCCAAGGGGGAGCCGGAGAGGGUGUUUACAGUCGCCCACAUCAAAACUCCAAAGCAAAUAGAUGAGUUUAUUGAAAUCCAGAGCUCAACAGGGGCAUGGUACCAGCGCUGGUUGGUCAGAUUCACGACCACAUUAAAACAGAUCUGGGACAACCUGUUGUAUUGCUUGACAGCCCAGUACAAGAUGAAUACACUGAUUCUGGCUAUGGUUUGGUUUUCAAUGGCCUUUAGUUACUAUGGCCUUACUGUCUGGUUCCCUGACAUGAUCCGAUAUCUCCAGAAUGAGGAGUAUGACUCCCGACUCAAAAGCUUCAAUCGGGAACAUGUAACGCACUUCACCAUAAACUUCACACUGGAAAACCAGAUCCAUAGGAAUGGGGUAUUUGUCAAUAUUAAGUUUGCUAAGAUGAAAUUCAAAGAUGUGACUUUUGAGGACAUGCUGUUUGAGGAAUGCUAUUUUGAAGAUGUGACAUCCACCGAGACCAUCUUCAAAAACUGCACCAUUUUAGCCACUGUCUUCUAUAACACUGAUCUUUAUGAAGACAAAUUCAUCGAGUGCAGGUUUAUAAACGUCACCUUCCUGGACCAGAAGGAGGGAUGUCACCUGGACUUCGAGCAGGAAAACGACUUCCUAAUUUAUCUCGUCAGUUUCCUGGGUAGUUUGUCCGUGUUGCCUGGCAACAUCAUCUCAGCACUGCUCAUGGACAAAAUAGGAAGGAUAAAGAUGAUUGGUGGCUCAAUGCUGAUUUCUGCAGUGUGCUGCUUCUUUCUGUUCUUUGGCAAUAGUGAGUCUGCGAUGAUUGGCUUGCAGUGUCUGUUCUGCGGGGCCAGCAUUGCUGCCUGGAAUGCCCUGGACGUGAUCACCGUGGAGCUCUAUCCCACCAGUAAAAGAUCAACAGCCUUUGGCAUCCUCAACGGUCUCUGCAAGUUUGGUGCCAUCCUGGGGAACUCUAUCUUUGCUUCCUUUGUCGGGAUAACCAAAGUGGUUCCCAUCCUUCUGGCCUCCUCUGUGCUGGUUGCGGGAGGCCUGCUAGCCCUGAGGCUACCAGAGACUCGAGAACAGGUCCUGAUGUGAGCAAUUGGGCAGCAGGGAAAUAAAGAAGAGCUACAAAAAAGAGCCAUGUCUAGAAAAAUCAAAAUGUCCAUUUAUCCUUUGCUGCUGAUACCUCAGCUAUCGGGGGGGUGGGGACAACCCCUAAUUUAAGACCACUUCCCAUCCAUGAUUGGCUCUUUGCAACCAGCGUACAUACACACUGCAGAACUUUGCUCAUUUGCUUUAGAUCCAACCCACACUGGGGAGAGACUGAGGAUCUGUCCUUCCCGGGUAUGCAUGGGCAUAACUGACACAAAAUAUUAACAGCAGCAUUGUGUGUGCAGGCAUCAAAGGGGAGAACAGAUUCAAACCCUUAUAUGCCCUGGGUGAGUUGCAAAAAAACAUCUGCAUUUCCGAGCUGUUUCAGGCAAUUAGCACAAGCUGUCCUGGCUUGCAAAACAACUGGAAGAUAGUUAACAAACCAACUCUGCUGAGGUUAGGUCUAGCUUUGGGGUCAAGAUUUCCAAAAAUGACUAGUGAUAUGGAAUAUCUUGAUUUUGGGGGGCCCAAGUUGAGACACCUUUCAAGGGCCUGAUUUUUUAGAAGGUAAGUGCUCAGUGCUGUCUGAAAAUCAGACCCCUUUAUAUUAUCUCUAGUUGGGCACCAAGAAUCACUAGUCAUGUUCUUGAUCUGGGAUAUUUUUUAAAUAAAAAAUAUAUCCUAUUUCAAGUUCUAAUUUUAAAUCUCUAUAUUGUUCUCAUUAAGAAGAAUCUAAAACUAAAACAAAACUAAAACCAAGUCCCACUAAUCCAAGACAUCCAGAGCAAUCCCUAGGAAGAGACAUGUCAUUCUUGUCCAGUCAACAGUUCUUUAAUGGUGUUGAUUUUAGGAUAUUUGUAUAAUAGGGAUUUUUUUCUGCCUAGUUCUGUUUAAGAGAAAUUGGCAUGAUGUUGGGGAUUCUGCAAACCAAAUGUGUAUAUAUUAUGCAGUGUAAAUAGGGGACAAUUUUUGUUUAAAGUCUAGAGUAUGGUAACUACUAGAAUUUACCAGCAUUUUAGCCAUAUUAGUUAAGGAAAAUGAUGUUUGAGUUUCCUAUAGAUUUGGGUCUUAUUGAAGCACUGUAAGCACAAUUACUGUAUUUAUAGCCUUGUAACCUGGUGUCUAGAGAAUGCACUUAGCAAACUUUCAUUGUACAGUACAUUUAAUUGUCUGAUAAGUGGAAUAAUUAAGUUCUAAAUCCUGUAAAGAUUGUUCUUGGAAUUCCUAUAUUCCUCAUGAUAUGACUUUGGCUUUGCCACACAACUUGACACAAAGUGAUACAGUAGAAUCUCAGAGUUACAAACUGACUGGUCAAUCACAUACCUCAUUUGGAACCGGAAGUACGCAAUGAGA